ACUCCUUAUUCUCCUGGACCGCCUCCGCCUGCUCCUGACUCUUCUUCUUCUCCAUGGAUGCCUUCAAUUUCGCCCGCAGUUCCUCCUGCUUGCUCUGCAAAUCGGCAGCACUGGUGCUCUUUCGUCUGUUGUGCUCCGGAGAUUGGCUAAGUCGCUUCUUCUUCAAAAUUUCCGCACGCAAGCGGUCUUCUUUUUCUUGCAUUGUCUCCUGCCGGGACGCCGGUCCAGCUGUAGGAGCAGGCUGGGGUGUCUUGGCCUUUGCUUUCUUUGGUGCUAGGCUCCUUCGUGGUUGUUCUUCACUCGUAAUCGGGGUUAAUUCGGAUUUUCGUUGACGAUCGCCACGAGGAGAUGGUGACCUCGAUCUUCUCAAGCUUCUGUGCUUGUCUUUCCGGUCAUCCCUCGGCCUCGACCUCGAUCGGGACCUAGAACGACUAGGUGAUCUUCGUCGACGGGAGUAAGACCUCCUUCCGCGCUCGCGCGAACGAGACCUUGAUCUAUGACGAUGCCUUCGGGAUCGUCUAUCAUCACGAUCAUCAAGUUUUCUGGAUCCCUUGCGGUCACGACGGUCCCUGCUGUAGCUUCUCCUCCUUUUGUCUCUGUGCGUGCUUCUGCUCCUGCUCCUGCUCUCGUGCUUGCUCCUUCUUCUGCUCUUACUCCUACUCCUACUGCGGUUUGGACUCGCGUCUCUGCGCUUGCGCUCCCUUACCGGGGAAUGCGCCGGCGUGGUAUCGUCCUUCGCCAUGACUCUAGCCUUACUCCUACUUCUGCUCCGUCCCGGAGUCGCAUCCCUUCCCACCUCCUCCCUUACAGGAGAGUACACAGGUGUGACAUCUGUUUCCGCAGGUCGAACACCGGGAGCCUGACCAACGGUCUUGCUGUUCCGCUCUGGGCUCCUUGAGCGGCCAUUCCUCCUCUCGUCACGUCCGCUGCGGUCCCUCCUGUCGCGGCUAUCGUCUCUUUCACGUCCACGAAAACGGUCGUCACGUCUGUCGCGAGGAUCACGGCCGUUGCCAUUGUCGCGGUUGUCGCGAGGAUUACGGUUGUCCCGAUGGUCGCGUCUAUCCCGGUUGUCGUAGUUACCGCGCGGCCCACCCCUACCCCCAGGAAUAUACACAUCCCUCCGAUUCGGAUCCCUCUCUCCCCUUCCACGACCACGGAAACCCUGAUCAAAUUGACCCCUCUCCUCCCUCCCAUGCUGCGGCCCAUGAAUGAACCUCCCCGCCACAUUCGUAUCGACCCUCCCCCGUCCUCCAAAGCUUCCGUUUGGUGGCUGCCUCCCCUGGAUAUUUUGACGAAUA